AUGUCGAAUAACACGGUUGUCGUUGUAGGUGCCGGUGUGAUUGGCCUCACAUCAGCCUUGCUUCUGGCCAAGGAGGGCAACAAAGUCACUGUUGUAGGCAAACAUAUGCCCGGCGACUACGAUGCUGAGUACGCUUCACCAUGGGCUGGAGCAAACGUCAUCCCCUUAGCUCCCAAAGAAGCCAGCCGCUGGGAACGGAGAACUUGGGUUGCCCUCAAGAAGCUCGUCGAAGAAACCCCAGAGGCAGGAAUUCACUUUCAGACAACACACGUCCUCCGCAGAGAUAAGGAUAUGAAAUCUGCCAAGUCCGGUUUCUCAGCCCACUUCUAUGCUGACAACCCUUGGUUCAAAGACAUCUUCAACAAUUUCAGAGACAACACCCCCACGGAGCUUGCCGCCGGCUAUGACUCCGGUUUUCAAUAUCAGGGCAUUUGCAUCAACACAGCUAUCUAUCUCCCUUGGUUACUUGGCCAAUGUCUCAAAUACGGCGUCAUCGUCAAGCGCGCUAUCCUGACGAAUAUCAAUGAGGCCAAGUAUCUUAGCCAUACUGGGGAAAAGGCGAAUAUUAUUAUCAAUGCUACUGGUCUCGGAUCACUGAAGCUUGGUGGUGUGGAAGAUACUACAGUUGCUCCUGCACGAGGUCAAAUCGUCGUGGUGAGAAAUGAGACACCAAAGAAUCUCCCUCUAUUCAUGUGUUCUAGCGCUCUCGACGAGAGUGGCGAGGAGAUCUACGCGAUGCAAAGAGCCGCAGGCGGAGGCACCGUCAUCGGUGGCACGUAUCAAAUCGGUAAUUGGGACACUCAACCUGAUCCCAACACCGCGAAUCGAAUCAUGCAACGAGUCGUUGAUUUGAUCCCCGAGAUUGCUGGUGGAAAGGGCAUUACUGGCCUGAGCAUCAUCAGACAUGGCGUCGGCUUCCGCCCUUACCGUAAAGGUGGUAUGAGGUUAGAGGAGGAGAAGCUUGAUGAUGAAACUUGGGUUAUCCAUAAUUAUGGACACUCAGGAUGGGGUUAUAUGGGUUCUUAUGGAUGUGCCGAGGGAGUUGUUGAGCUUGUUGACAAGGUUACUGAGACGAAAGCGAAGUUGUAG